UUUUAUUACUAUGCUAAUCACUUAUAAAAUGAUUCUUUACAAUUACACGGAAACGAUGAAUUUAGGAAAAAUAAUCGUAUUCGAAGAUUUUAUGAUAAACUUAUAAUCGUAUGCAUACACUAUACAUACGAAGUCAUAAAAGUCCGUGGUAAAAGAUUAUAUUCAAUUUACGAAACAUAGCGAUUGGUUGAUUCUAAGUAUCUAACCUAACAAAGUGAUAGCUUAAAAUCAGAGUGGCCAAUCACUCGUGUUUAGUGCAAAUUUUCUUUAUUUCUGAUGUUAUUUUGACAUAAAUAUAUUUAUUGAGCAUGUUUGUCAAUCCCAAUUUAUUAUUAAAAACAAAAAGUUGUUACACAAUUUAGCAGGCAUUUGAUGAAAACUUAUCGGACCUGACUAUUUUAAAGACGGAAUAAUUAAUAAUAAUUAUUGACAAAGUGUAUGUUUGAUUUGUAUAUAAGCGCAAUGAAUCGUGAAGAUGAUAGAAGUGAUUCAGAAGAUGAACACGAUAGAUCUAGAAGUCCGUCUGCAGAUUCUCAGAGGUCUAUUAGAAGUAGAUCAAAAUCAAACUCUGCCAGUCCUUCUCCAAGAUCUAAUCAGUCGUCUCCUACACAGCCAAGGUCACCAACUUUUGAACCUUCAAAUACAAAUUCUAGAAAAUCUUACUCUAGAUCACCCUCUCGUUCACCUGUACGAAGUCGAUCAGCUUCACCUUCUUCCAUAAAGAAUCAAAGAUCAUCUAGAUCUAGCUCAAAGUCUAUAGAAAGAAAAAGCAUUUCAAAGUCUAAAUCUCCAUCUCCAGAACCACAUGGAAAGGUUGUUCAAGGUGAACCACAAUCACCACGUUCAGUUGGAUCACCAAAAUCACCCUCAAGAUCAAGAAGUUCUUCGUUGGCAGAAUCAAGAAAAAGUUCUGAUGCAGCAUCGCGAGAACAUUCACGAUCUAGAUCUAGAUCGAGUUCGGCCGAACGGAGUAAUCCACCGUCUAAAUGUUCAUCGCCAAAAGCGAAUUCGCGAUCUUGCUCUAGAUCUCCAUCCCCAUCGGCGUGUUCUAAACCGCGUUCUCCAUCAAAUUCCCGUUCUCCUCCUGGAUCGCCAAAAGUAACCGUCAGGUCCCGUUCUCGUUCAGGUUCACCAAAAUCUCAAGCCCGAUCUCGAUCACCUUCGAUUAGCCCGAUUCGAAAAUCGCGCAGUAGAUCAAGAUCUCCCUUAAAUGAGAAAAAAGCAUCUCGUUCUCCAUCACCUACAGAGAAUCGUUCGUUAUCGCAUACUAGAAAUUCUCGAUCGCGUUCUAAAUCAAAAUCCCCGUCGUUGGAUAGAUCGAGAAAAGGUUCGCCCAAUUCUCAAAAGAGUUCAAAGUCACCUGUAUGUUCUCCGGAUAGCAAACGUAAAUCGAGAUCUCGCUCGAGAUCUGGCUCUGCAUCAGAGAAACAUUCACCUCCGGUAUCUCGCAAAGGAUCCAUAUCUAGAUCACCAUCCGCGGAACCAAAAGUUCCGUCGCACUCGAAAUCAAGAACACCAUCAGGUUCGAGACACGGUUCAAGAUCGAGAUCGCGUUCAAAAUCUGGUUCUAGAAAAUCGGUUUCAAGAUCAAAAUCAAGAUCCGUGUCAGGAUCGCGAAAGGGAUCACAGUCUCCGCAUUCAAGAAAAAGUUCUCGUUCUCGAUCAAGGUCCAGUUCCAGGUCGUCCAAGUCUAGAUCUCGGUCUCGUUCUAGCUCAAAAGCGUCUCGUUCUCGAUCGCGUUCAGGAUCACGAUCAAAAUCGAGAUCAAGAUCGCGAUCAAAAUCCAAAUCUCGUUCGGUAUCACCGGCUGUGUCGCGUUCUAAAUCACGAUCCCGUUCGCGUUCGCAUUCGCCUCCACGAUCGAGAUCAGGAUCCGCUGCUGGAUCCAGACAUUCGUCUCCGUCGAAAUCGAGAUCUAGAUCACGGUCAGUAUCAAAAUCCAGAAGAUCAAGGAGUCGUAGCGAAGAUUCUGAGAAUGCUGUUAGAAAAAGAAACAGGGUUUUAUCCGAUUCCGAAGAAGAAGGGGAUGGUAUUAAAGCAAGUAAAAAGUCGAAACACGGAAUAACAGAUUCGGAAAACGAAGGUGACGAUGAUGGAACAGGAACGAAAAAAGACCAAGCCGAGAGAGAAGAAGAAGGCGAAGAAACAGGGAACAAACAAUUUGGAGAAGGUGUUAUCAGUGAACAACAAGAAAAUGAAGAUUCUGAUGAUGGAAUCAUUACAGGAGGAGGAUUGAGUAGCAGAUAUAUUGAUGAUUCAUUAUCAGACUUUGAUCGCAUGUUGGCUCGUAAAAAAGAGGAACAAUCACGAAGACGAAAAAGAAAAGAUAUUGAUAUAAUCAACGACAAUGACGAUAUUAUAGCGCAACUUUUAUCCGAUAUGAAAACAGCAUCAGAAGAAGACAGAAAAUUAAAUCAACAAAAUAAGCCAGCUACUAAUAAAAUCGCUAUGUUACCAAAAGUAUUAUCACAACUUAAGAAACAUGAUUUACAAUUAGCCUUUUUGGAACAUAACGUAUUAGCAGUUUUAACAGAUUGGUUAGCUCCGAUGCCCGACCGAUCAUUACCCUCUUUAAAGAUUAGAGACAGUCUUUUAAAACUUUUAUGGGAAUUUCCAAGGAUCGAUCAAGGUUCUUUGAAACAGUCUGGCAUUGGCAAAGCUGUAAUGUAUCUUUACAAACAUCCAAAAGAAACUAAAGAAAAUAAAGAACGUGCAGGAAAAUUAAUUAACGAAUGGGCACGUCCGAUAUUUAAUUUAUCAGCAGACUUCAAGGCUUUAUCGAAAGAGGAAAGAAUGCAAAGAGAUUUAGAACAAACGCCUCAAAAAAGAAGAAAAAUCGAAGAAGGUGGUUCUUCUCAAAAAUCUCAAGAUAUUAAUAAAGCUUUGAAAGGGGAUGCUAAACCAUUAAGGCCUGGGGAUCCCGGCUGGGUUGGAAGAGCUAGGGUUCCUAGACCUUCCAAUAAAGAUUAUGUCAUAAGACCAGACUGGAAGUCAGAUGUCGAUAUUAGUAGGAGUACUAAAAAACAAAUGAACAGAUUUGAAAGGCACAUGAAGAAUUAUAUAGAUAAUAAGAGGAUAAAAGCAACUAGAAGGGCUGUGGAUAUAUCUAUUGAGGGUCGUAAAAUGUCUUUAUAAUGUAAGCACUUUUUAACCCAAAUGAGAAUGUUGGACUAGCAAGGAUUGUGUAAAUGUACAAACACAAAAAUCCGUAAUUUCUUUAUUAAAUUGCUUAAGUUUAAACUGUAACUGUAAUUAUCAAUAAAAGUUUAACAAAAA